AUGGCUUCCCUAUUCACAUGGCUCCGGCGGAUUUACUCGCUCGAUACCCUUGACACUCGUUUUACGGCCACUGCCAUCACCCCUGCAAAUGCCAACUCCAACUCCAACUCCGACACGCGACCCGCCGCAAAAGAUGCCCGCGCCAACUCCAUUGCUCAGAAUGCCCGUGCAUCACUCUGGCGCACGCCCGAGUUCUUCAUCUACUACCUUUUUUUUAUUAUAUUUGUUCCAUUGAUGUUCAAGGCUGUGAUCGAUGCCUCGAAGGACAACAACCCUGCCUACGCGGCGUACUCCGACUUACUAUCACCAGGAUGGAUUCCAGGUCGCUUAGUCGACAAUUCCGAUGCUCAGUAUGCCAGUGUCCGUGACAACAUCCCCUACCUUAUCCUCCUCCUAGUCGCGCACCCUUUAGCCCGCAGGGUCUAUCAGUCCUUCGCUAGCCGACCAAAUGUUGGAACUAAGUCCCCGGUGGCUGCGGCCGGAGAAGUGCAACUCGACCAGCGCAUGCGCUUCGAUUUCGCAUUUGGAAUAAUCUUCAUUGUGGCAAUUCACGGGGCCUCGGCGUUGAAAGUGUUUCUAAUUCUAUUUAUCAAUUACCGAAUUGGCAAGAGUCUUCCUCGCGCUUAUGUUCCCGCUGCGACAUGGACUUUCAAUAUCGGCAUCUUGUUCGCGAAUGAAUUACUCGGCGGAUACCAACUGGAACCCAUUGCCAUGUUCUUGUCCCCAGGAUCUGGAACGCCAGGAGAGAAAACUACCCUGCUGGUACAGUGGGCCAGGUCAUUGGAUGAUAUGGGGGGUUUCAACAUGGACUAUUACUGGAGCGUUGACUACCCCGCGGCAAGUCCCAUCGAAAAGAAACAACUCGACCCCGCAACCCUCUCCGACAGGGAUCGUGUUAAAAUUCCUGCUGAGCCAGCAGCUUUCACCCCGCGCAACUAUGUCGCCUAUAUUCUUUAUUCGCCAUUAUACUUGGCUGGCCCCAUCCUGACCUUCAACGACUACGCGUCUCAGCAGCGAUAUACUGCGCCUUCACUGACCCGCACCCGCACCAUCCUUUACGGCGUCCGCUUUUUCCUAACUUUCCUCUGCAUGGAGCUUAUACUUCACUACAUUUACGCAGUGGCUAUUUCCAAAGCCUCGCCAAACUGGUCCAUCUUCACACCAGGCCAACUCAGUAUGCUGGCCUUCUUCAACCUCCACAUCAUCUGGCUGAAGCUACUUAUCCCCUGGCGAUUCUUCCGUCUUUGGGCUCUCGUUGACGGAAUUGACCCUCCGGAAAACAUGGUCCGCUGCAUGUCCAAUAACUACUCUGCCUUUGCCUUCUGGCGCGGCUGGCAUCGCUCCUUCAACCGCUGGAUUGUGCGAUACAUCUAUAUCCCUCUUGGUGGUGGCGGUGGUGGUCAUCGCCCUGCGGGAGCAAAGCCUUCCUCAUCACCACCCUCAUCGGGCCUUAUGUCCAAGGGACUGCAAAUCCGCAACUUCUUGUUGGUGUUCACCUUCGUCGCUCUUUGGCACGAUAUCAACCUCCGACUAUUGAUGUGGGGCUGGCUUGUGACGCUCUUCGUUCUGCCCGAGGCCCUGGCUGGCAUGAUGUUCCCCGCUAAGCGUUGGCGUUCUCGUCCUACAGCAUACCGUGUUCUCAGUGGCGUGGGGUCCGUUGCCAACGUUCUUAUGAUGAUGAUCGCCAAUCUUGUCGGAUUCGCCCUUGGCUUGGACGGACUGAAGGAUCUGCUUGCAGGGCUGACCGGCUCAUAUGCCGGCCUUGCCUAUAUGUUUUCCUGCUGCGUUGUACUUUUCGUCGGCGUGCAGGUUAUGUUUGAGAUUCGGGAGGAUGAACUACGCAUGGGCAUCAACCUGAAGUGUUGA